AUGAGUGGGUAUAAUCGGCUCAAGUUGGUGGCCGACCUCGUUGAAGUACCCGAUCAAGUGGACAAGGAUGAAAAGAUGUCCGAGAAAUUUUGUGCUGGCUUGAGGCACGAAAUAAGAGUAGCAUUGGCUAGCCGUGGCGGACUACCAUAUUCCGAAGCUCUAAAACUGGCCCUAGAUAUCGAAGCUGCAUUGCCAAAAGAAAGACUGACACCCAACCCUACAAAUAUGUCAUUUCAGACCUCGUCCCAAGCCCCAAGGGACAAAAGGAAGUGGGAAGGGAACCAGAACCAGUGGGGACAAAAGAAGCCAUGGCAUGGACCACCCCGCCCACAAAACCUUACAAGGCAGCCUACUUUUAAACCGACAGGAAUUACUCAACCAAGGCCUAAUCUUUGUCCCAAAUGUAACAAGCCCCACAGCGGAAUCUGCAGGGCCAGAGAGAUAACUUGUUAUACUUGUGGAAAGUAUGGCCACAUCGCCAGGAAUUGUAGAAAUGGACCUCAGGGAAGAAGUGCACCAACCAAUCAGCCAGUACAACGGCAACAACUGCGAGCUCUACAGUCAGGCACUCAGGACCACCAGGCCGCCUCGCAUCCACAACGCCCGACCCUCUCAACACAAGCCAGGGCAUAUGCAUUGGGACGAAACCAGCAGAGCAAUAACCAUGGGAACCUAGCAGGUAUGGGCACCCUACUAAACAUACCUAUUGUCCUAUUGUUUGAUACUGGUGCUUCGCACUCCUUUAUAUCAACUUCGUGUGUAAGCACUUUAGAACUCACACCAGAACCAGCCGAACCUAGAGUAACGGUGUCCUCACCAGUAGGGGGAGCUAUAGAAAUCACACAAAAAUGCUCGACCCUAGAAAUCAUACUCGGGGAACGUAAGGUUACUGCUAAUAACUUGGGGGUCAUGAAAAUGGAGGAUGUCGAUAUUAUACUAGGGAUGGAAUGGUUGGACAAGAACCACGCCACAAUCAAGUGUAGUGAAAGGCAGAUUUCCUUCCAAACUCCAGGAGAAGGGCAAGCUGAAUUCCAUGGAAUCACUAUGAAUAAGCACAAAUCCAUAAUUUCGGUCCUACAAGCAGCCGCGCUUGUAAGAAAAGGGUGUUCCGCCUACCUCGUCUACUUAAGCGAAGAACAGAAAGAAGAAAAGAAGAUUGAAGCUGUGGAAAUCGUACGUGAAUUUCCAGACGUGUUUCCUGAUUCGCUGCCCGGGUUACCCCCAGACAGACAACUGGAAUUCACCAUUGACUUAGAACCAGGAGCCGCGCCAAUCUCAAAAGCGCCGUACCGAAUGGCCCCAAAGGAACUGGGAGAGCUCAAAUUACAACUGCAAGAACUUUUAGAGCUGGGUUUUAUCCGACCCAGUGUGUCGCCAUGGGGAGCUCCUAUCAGUGGCUUUCGGAGCAAGGGUCGUCGUUGGUUGGCGUCGGAGUGUCAAGCUUACUGCCGGAAUCCGGCAAGUUCAUAA